AUCCAGAAGCGCCGGAAGCGGUGAGGCAUAGAUGGAGUAACGUGAGCCCAUCGGUCUGUGUCAUCUGGAGAGUGAUGAUGCGAGUCUGCUGGUUGGUGAGACAGGAUAGCCGGCAUCAGCGAAUUAAACUUCCACAUUUGGAAGCAGUUGUGAUUGGGCGCAGCCCAGAGACCAAGAUCACAGAUAAGAAAUGUUCUCGACAGCAAGUACAGUUGAAAGCAGAGUGUAACAAGGGAUAUGUCAAGGUAAAGCAGGUAGGGGUCAAUCCCACCAGCAUUGACUCAGUCAUAAUUGGGAAGGACCAAGAGAUGAAGCUGCAGCCUGGCCAGGUUCUCUAUAUGGUGAAUGAACUUUAUCCAUAUAUUGUAGAGUUUGAGGAAGAGGCAAUGAGCCAUGGCCUAGAAACACACAGGAAGAGAAAGAGGUCAGGCAACAGUGAUUCUACAGAAGGGGACACUGCCCAGGAAGCUGAGCCUGGGACAGAGCAGGAACCUGGGAGUGGCCCCAGCCAAUGCUCUGUGCCUCCAAAGAAGGGAAAAGAUACAUCUACCAAAAAGGAAUCACUGGGCCACUGGAGUCAAGGCUUGAAGAUUUCUAUGCAGGAUCCCAAAAUGCAGGUUUACAAAGAUGAGCAUGUGGUGGUGAUUAAGGAUAAAUACCCUAAAGCCCGUCAUCAUUGGCUGGUCUUACCAUGGGCCUCCAUUUCCAGUCUAAAGGCUGUGACCAGUGAACACCUUGAACUCCUUAAACAUAUGCACACUGUGGGGGAAAAGGUAAUUGCAGAUUUUGCCGGAUCCAGCAAACUCCGCUUCCGAUUGGGCUACCAUGCCAUUCCUAGCAUGAGCCAUGUACAUCUUCAUGUGAUCAGCCAGGAUUUUGAUUCUCCUUGCCUUAAAAACAAAAAACAUUGGAAUUCUUUCAAUACUGAAUACUUCCUAGAAUCACAAGCUGUAAUCAAGAUGGUACAAGAGGCCGGCCAAGUGACUGUCCAUGAUGGGACAUCUGAACUUUUGAAGUUGCCUCUUCGUUGUCAUGAGUGCCAGCAGCUUCUGCCUUCUAUUCCCCAGCUGAAAGAGCAUCUUAGGAAGCACUGGACAGAGUGAUUCUGUAGAGCCUAAACUUUUGAUGCAAGUGUGGCCAAUUGGAGCGAACUGCUAGCGUUUAUUUUGGAUUGUUUGAGACUGUCUGCUCAUUUCUUGAAUUAAAACACACAGCUGUUUUACAAAGCUUAUUUUAUUCUUGAGUGACCAUAAUUUAGGGUGACUCAAAAUAGUUUAGGAAUUAGGAAUUUGGGUUUGUCAUGGAUAGAUAUGUUCUCUAGUGAGGGUGACUGGAACAAGCCUAAGCACCAUAUCCAGAACUUUUGUCAGGUCUAAUGGGAGGAUAGCCACAUUCAGAUAUAGGAUAUAGAAGCAGAGGGCUUGUUAAAUAUUUUUGUUCUUUACAUUUAUUUCCCCUUCUCUGGAGGCACGUAGCAUCUUUUUAUUUCACCAAAGUGGCUAGAGUGGACUCUUGUUGAUCCUGAAGACUCUGAGGAAUCUAGUUCUCUGACCUUAAUGUGUUCUGUAAUAGUCUUCUUCCUUCCAUGGGGAGGCUUAGUUUAUUCUGUCCCUUCCACUCCCUUCUAUCCAAGGUCACCUAAAUGCUCUUCUCUUAGGAAGUCUGUCUCAUCAGUUCUUCACUGUGAACAAUGGGUUAGAUGACUGUGAAGUUUUCUUCUAGUAUUAGGGGUGGUGAGGACACACUGAGCCAUGUUUAUCACAGUUCAACAGUCAAGUCUUCUCACUGGUCUGCUUGGAUCUGUUGUCUGAAAUUAAAGUCUUAUUGUUUGAGGCAUCUCUGUUAAGUGGGUGAAAAUGAUUAGAAGUUCAGCUGACAAUCCACAAACCAAUUGGUUGGUUUCUAAUGCAUGCAAAGGUUGCACAGAACCACAGCUUUAUUUUUCCCUGAGAACAAAUUUGGAUGGAACAAUUGUAUGAAGUUGGAUUUUGGAUAAUAUUAAAACUAAAGGGAAAAAAUACAAAUUGUUUUUGAUCAAAUUGCUAUAUAGUUGGGGAUGACUUUUCUUCAUUUUUGAGUUGUUUAAAAAAAAAAAAAACCUUGAAAAAAAAGAUGUUUUCUCUGGAGAGAAGAACCUUGAUCCAUAGAGACCACAUUUGACCUCAUUGUUUGUUACAAAUAAAUAAAAUACCACACAGGUUGCUUGUUGAGUGUGGGUACGGUAGUAAUUAGUAGUACUUAAUGAUAUAGAGCUACCAUUUUUCAACUCCUAUGUAUUCAGCAUUAUGCUAAGCACUUUAGUUAAAUUAUCUCAUUGGAUUCUCACUGUA